AUGUCAUCUCGUGAAAUCGGAUUUCCGGAUGGGACCUCAUACAAGCUCGACGCCAUUGUCGACUUGUUCGUACAGUCUCUCUCUGAUCCCUCCCAUCCAUCCCACUGCGUCUUGUUCUACACCUCUUCUCUCAUCAGUUUCUGGAACUUGCACACCAUGGCAGAUCUGCGAGCAUCUCGUCACGAUCUACUAGAAACAUGUUUGUUGUUCUUGACGACGCCAAGAACACCAGAUGAGAUCCGUACUCUCCAGAGCACCAUGCAAACAUGUUCCUGCCCCAAAGAUAACCCACUCGUGAAUCGCCUACACCAAUACUGUCACCCCGACUAUUUCAAACGUCCAUUCGACCGUUUUCGUUUCACUGAAGUCAUCUGCAUGAUGUCCACGAUGCUUUUGAACUGCACUUUUAACGCCAUCGAUCCCAAGGAAUCCAAAAAAUCCACUCUCCACCACGGUAUCCACAAACGCGCGCUCAGAGAGGAGAAGCAGGGGAAAACGCCAAUGUGGCCAGUCACACCGGACGAGUUUUAUUCCGCUGUUGGUGCAGAAACGACUGUCAAGAUGCUCUGGCAGUGGGCUUACAUGUAUGAGCUCGUCCCGUCCUUCUUGCUUCUGAACGGCAUCAUCACCAUGGCCGGUACUACUCUCAGCGUCACGGUAUUUAUUAUGCCUUCCUUCGCUCCCCAGCUCGUCGAGGUCAUCAACAAGAGCGUCGAUUCUCUGGAGAAAAUUACUUCUCUUGCUGACCGCGAUUUCUCGGUCUUGCAGCAAGUAGAGCGCACUGUCCAAAUGUCGACUAUCGAGAUGAUCUGCCACGGAGAGGGUGUGCGUGUUAGGACGUAUUGGAAGAAUCACAAGGAAGCCCUUCUCCAAGCACUCAGCAGAGUCGUGAACAUUACAUCCGGUACCCCAUUUUACGAGGAGCUCCUCACAAGGGUGUGCAUCAUACACGACACACUCGGCUCUUUUGCCAUAGACGAAGAGCACAAGAAGGAGAACGACUUCUGGAAGGCAUAUACCGCCAUCCGCCAGGUUACUCUGAGCGACCGGUGUCAUGCUCCAGGAUGUCUGGAGACGUUCACGAGCACAGGGAGGAAGUUCCAAAACUGCAGUGGAUGCAAGCGGGUGUCUUAUUGCUCGGAAAAGUGCCAAAAACGGGCUUGGAAGCUAGGUGAAGCGCCGCAUAAGAUUAUAUGUCCUUUGGUGAAGGAUUUUUCGGAUCGGAUUCAGCUCCAGUUCAAAUUCGCAGACGGGGAAGUUCUCCCACCGGAUGUGGUUGAGAGGACAUGUCGGAAGGUGGGCGUGGACGAGAUGGAGGCGCAUACAAUUCGUUGGUAUUUUGAGCUUCUGGAUACGUUGUUGGUCGUCAGGAACCCAUAUGAUUCGAGGGUUGGGAUCGGGCAUUAA